AUGUCAGAGGCUUUAAUCAGGCGAAUACAGGAGCUGGAGGCAGACCUGAAGAAGCUCAAGUCCCAGCUGAAGGAGAGGAGUGAAGCUGGAGAUGAUCCAUCUCCUAAUGAACACACAGACUGCAGACCUGAUCCUAACACCAGCAGCAGUAAAAAGGGUAAGAAAGCAGGCAAAGAGCGUCCCUUUGACUUUUCCGCCCACCCUUGGCGCCAUGUGGCCCUGCGGCUGGCUUACCUGGGAUGGUCCUACCAGGGGUUUGCAGUUCAGGAGAACACAGACAACACCGUGGAGGCCAGAGUCUUUGAGGCUUUGCUGAAGACGCGGCUGAUACAGGACAGACAGAGCUCCAACUACCAUCGGUGUGGACGCACUGAUAAAGGAGUCAGUGCUUUUUCCCAAGUCAUAACUAUUGAUUUGCGCUCCACGCAGUUUUGUGGAGGACCUGGCGUCACAGUCCCUGAACAUGUUGAUGUUAGUGCCAAGAAUAAAGCUACUGGCUCUGAGCUUCCAUAUGUGAAGAUGCUGAACAGAGUCCUGCCCCAGGACAUUAGGAUCUUGGACUGGGCGCCAGUAGCAGAGGGCUUUAGUGCACGCUUUGACUGUCAGUCCCGCACGUACCGGUACUACUUCCCUCGCGGAUCCUUGGAUGUGACGUUGAUGGCAGAUGCUGCAAAAAGAUACGAGGGCACUCAUGACUUUCGCAACCUGUGCAAAAUGGAUGUGGGCAACGGAGUCCUGCAGUUUGAGAGGACCAUCUUGUCAGCAUCAGUCAAGCCUGUGCAGCCUCAGCACAUCAACUGCACAGACCAAUAUGACCUCUUUAUAUUUGAGAUCAAAGGACUGGCCUUCCUUUACCACCAGGUACGAUGCAUGAUGGCAUUGCUUCUCCUGAUUGGCCAGAAACUGGAAGCACCGGAGAUAAUUAAUCAGCUUCUGGAUGUUCAGAGUAACCCCAGGAAGCCCCAGUACAGCAUGGCAGUAGACUACCCGCUGGUGCUGUACGACUGCCACUUUGAAGGUUUGAGCUGGAAACAGGAGAAUGAAGAGGUGAGCCACGUCCUGUCGGCACUGCAACAACACUGGACCCAGAGUGCAGUCAAGACCCACGUCCUCCAUGGGAUGAUCCAGGGUUUGGAGGCCAUAGGUGGUGUGUCCUCUAAUCAUUGCUGGCUAGUAGAAGGCAGCAAGCAGAGAAACUACAGGCCCCUGCUGGAGCGUCCAUGCUGCGAGAGCCUGGAGUCCAGAAUAAACCAUUUUGUCAAAAGAGGCAGGCUUGAGCGGGAGGAAGGGGAGAAUGGAGGUGAAAUGGUCCACAGAGGGAAAAGGUCCAAACAUUCUCACAAAUCCCCUAGUCUGCCUGUUUCUUCAGAGAUGACAUUGUCAACACAAAGUACGGAUCAAAAAGCAGGAGAUUAAUAUUUUUUUCUCCAGGAGAAUGGACUUGGCAAAAUAUAUUUUGUAGUCAUUUUUGUUGAUGCAAAAACAUUGUAUUUACAUUUUGUUUUAGGAAACGUAUUCACAUGUUCAUUCAUGCAAAUCUUUGUUUCGCUUUGAAAUAAACACGUUUUUGGAGAAAGUA